CGCUUCAACAUACUGUGGGGAGGGGUACGAAGUGAAGUACUUUUGUCAUAUUUUUGCUGAGUUUAAAAAAAGAUUAUUGUGUUUUGAUUAUUUCUGGGAAGACCUGCGACUGACUCCGAUCUUCUUCGCUUCUUAUUCUACACAAUAAGGAUGGACUGUACUGGAACAGAUACGAAGUGAGGGAUAGAGGGAGCAGGAAAAAACUGAAGCAGUUCAACAAAGACAGCGUACUUGUCACAGACAUACACUAGACGUCAUGUCCACCACAAUCAAGCAGGAGAGGACCAUUUGUGUUCUCCUCCCAAACAAAGCACAGCUGGACAUCACUGUCGGGCUAAAGUCCACAGGGCAGGAUGUGUUUAAUCGUGUGGCGGAGCUUCUUGGAAUCAAAGAGCUCCACUUCUUUGGCCUCACAGUGGUGAAAGACAAUGAGCACAUAUUUUUAGACAUGGAGGAGAAACUGACUAAGUACUUUGCGAAGGAAUGGAAGCAAGAACCAAGAAAGGGCUUACAUAAGAGACCCUUGCCUCUAGUGCUUUUUCUGAAAGUACAGUACUACGUAGAGAAUGGUAGACUCUUAUGUGAACGAAAGGCACGGCAUCUUUACUACUCAGACCUGCGAGAGCGAGUGCUUCGCUCUGAAUGUCGUCAGCAGGAGGAGGUGUACUUCCAGCUGGCAGGUUACGCCUUGCAGGCUGACCUCGGUGACCACCCGCUGCCUAGGGAGGGUAUGGAGGUCACCCCUUAUUUUGAACCUAAGGAAUACUUUCCCCCCUGGAUCGUAGCGAAACGUGGAGUGAACUAUCUGCUCUGCCAUGGCCCCAAGGUACAUCAGGAGCUGUGGGGCAUGUCUACUCGUGAUGCAACCCUCCUCUUCAUCAGAGAGUCAUGUCAACUGGAGGACGUACCCGUCAGGUUUUACAGAUUGCAAAAGGACAAAAAGGAGGAGAGAGGAACAGCAUUGCUCGGUUUGACCCUGCGAGGAAUGCAAGUUUAUCAGGAGGUGAACAACAUACGCCAGCUGCUGUAUGACUUCCCCUGGUCAAAUGUGGGACGUCUUACCUUCCUGGGUAAGAAAUUCGAGAUCCAGCCAGAUGGCUUGCCAUCAGCCAGGAAGCUGGUUUACUACACUGGGUCAUCGUUCCGCUCUCGCCACCUCCUCUUGCACCUGAGCAGCAGCCAUCAGCUCUACCUCAGCCUCCUGCCUGCCCUGAAACACCUACGCCAGCUGGAGGAGAGCAAAGAGAAGAAGUGUUACCGAGAAUCAUACAUCAGUGAUGACCUGGAUUUGGACCCCCCAGGCAGUGAAAGCAGCCCUGGCCUGUCCCGACACUCCACCAGCAGCUCUGGAAUUGAAGCAGAUGCCCGCCAACAUAGCAUCUAUGCUGAAAUGGCCUCCAUGGAGGAGGAAGGUCAGUUGCAAGCAGAGAAGUGUUUCAGCUCAGCAGUCAGCCAAGGCAGCUCCUGUACCUCUGGGUUCGACACAUGUAGCAAGGCUCGAAUAGAAGAUGAAGGGUGGCAAGAGGAAGAGAUCAAGACUAGUGUUGGAAGUCCAGAGGAGGUUCUUGUCGAUGAUCCCGAUGAGAUGUUCCAGUUGGCUGAUCUUCUUGAAGGAGUGUCAGUAGAUUGUGCAGAAAUAUCCUCAGACACUCACUCACCAGAAAACAAAGGGUGUCCCCCAGACAGUGAUAAAGAUUCCAGGAAAUUAUAUAACAACGAUUUGUUGAAACAGAUUCUAAAAUCAAGAGCACAACUUUGUGUGGAUCGACACAGUCACAGUCUAGAUGAUGUCCGUCUGUUCCCACCUCCUGCACCCCUGGGAAUGACACUCCCACCUGAUUCCUCUCACAGCUACACCUUUGGGCUUCCAGAUGUCUCAACAAACACUAAGACCUCUGUUGAGCACAGUUAUUACCCCCUUUUGCACUGUCAAGCCAAGCCUUCCUUCUAUGGCCGCAGGUCUACAAACUGCGUCUCCCUGGACAUGCUGGGUGAUGAACAGUUCCUGGAAUUCAUACUUUAAAUACAUUAAGUGCUGAUGAACACUCCUGUUUUCUUCCUUCAGUGACAGUGCAACAUAACUCGCAGAUUGCCAACAAAUAAAUUCCUUAGUGUUUUCUGUGAUGAGGAAUGUGUGUAUUUGAAAUUGCAGGGAGACAUCACUGAAAAUCACAAGAUCCUGCAUUUUUCUUCCAAAAGUUGGGGAUUAGAUAAGAGAUCUAACUCAGCAACAUUUCAAUUAGUAAACAGAGCGUAUUUAUUAAUGUUGUAUACAUAUUGUGUACAUAUUACUUGCACUAUUUUAUUACAUUUCAGCCUUUCUAAGCAAAAACAUAUCUAAUCAAGUUUUAUUGUCUUUUGUAAAGUUCACGCUUUUUAAACAUUCUUUCAAAUGUCUUCAUAGGUUAAUGUCAAGGGCAUAAAAGUUGCACCACGCAGCCAUGUGCUGCAUUAGGUGCUCAUACAAUGUGGCUUGCCUUCCUUGUUAUUAACCUGUUUAUGUAAACUUGUAAAUUUCCUUGUUUUAUUCAGGAGAGUCUCCAGAAGCCAUGGUGCUAAUGUUUGUGCUCCUGUAUUUCUUUUAUCAUUUUUUUAAAGUCAUAUUUUACUGUACACUUUUCUUUUGGAUAGUGUGCUCUGUCAUGCUUUACCCAUUUGUCUUCCACAGCAAUGUAGCUACUGAUGUGGAAAAUUGAACCUCUUUACAACUGGCAGUGGUACAAGAUGCGUUACGACCCACUGUCGUAAUUAUAACAGAAAAGUAUUAUUUGUGAAGCACUAUUUCUGUAAUCAGUAAGUGAAUAAUGAAUCUGCAGUAUUUUUGUAUUAUGUAACCCCCAAACAAAAAGCCUUUCUGUUUUUUCCCCCUUAGACAGUAUUGUCACUGUUCUGUACAUGAUAAUUCAUAUGCAAAAACAUUGUGUCUUUAGCCAAUAUGAGCUAAGCAGGAAAGAAUGUCAGUCAUUACCCAAUGCCAAUAAUGUAUAAAACAACACUGUUAAUAACAAUACUUCAUUUUUAUCUACAGCACUGUUUUUUUUUUUUUUUUUAUGAUGAUGAAAAUAAAUUCUUAAUGCUACUAAAUGAA